CUGGGCUAGUUUAGGGCUGCGUCUCGUCUUUUUUUGGGAUAUCCGUGGGAUCGUAACGAAAACGAAACGAAAGAUCGGGACGAUGGCGUCUUGGUUUGGGCUAUCGUUGAGGAUUUAUAUAUAUAUAGGGGCUUGAUGCCUUCACAAUUUUUCCUUUUGUUCAGCGAGCUCUUUGUCUGCAACCCCAUACCUCUCUCUCUCUGUCUCUCUCAGCUGGUUCUCUGGAGUGCCCCUUAUCGCCAUCAUGAAGCUCACCACGACACUCACGCUCCUCUCGGGCAUCACGCUCUCCUCCGCGGCAGCCCUCCUUAGCCGCGUCACCAUCCCGUCGCAGGACCCCUUCUAUCGAACUCCCCCCAACAUUGCAUCAUACAGCCCCGGCACCGUCAUUGAUAAACGUCAAGUGCCCCCCAACCUGUCUGGUCUGAUGCCAAACCUGGGCGGCAACGAGAAAGUCGAGGCCGUAUACCAGUACCUCUACCGCACCACCGACGCCCUCGGUAACCCAGCUGCCGCAGUAACCACCCUGCUCAAGCCCUUCAAAGCAGACCCAACUAAGCUCCUCGCAUACCAGCAGGCCUACGACUCGGCAAAGAACGACUGCAGCCCCAGCUAUGCCAUCCAGAGCGGCGCCAACACCACCGCCCUCGCCGACAUCAUCAUGAUCGCCGCCGCGCUGGACCAGGGCUGGUACGUCGUGUCGUCAGACUAUGAAGGACUCAACGCCGUCUACACCGUCGGGACAGCCGCCGGCUACGCAACCCUCGACAGCGUGCGCGCCGCCCUCAACGAAGCGCCCAAAUCCGCCGGCCUAGCCAGCAACGCGCGAUACGCAAUGUGGGGCUACUCGGGCGGAUCGCUGGCCAGCGAGUGGGCGGCGGAGCUGCAGCCACAGUAUGCGCCAGAGCUCAAGUUCCAGGGCGUCGCGCUGGGCGGGCUGGUGCCCGACAUCCAGUCUGUUCUUGAGACGAUCAACAAGGGCUUCUUCGCGGGGCUGGCGUUCAGUGGCAUAUACGGCUUCAUCAAGGCGUUCCCGAACCUGACCGAGUACGCGAACCAGCACCUGAUUGCGGAGAAGAAGGAGGAGUUCUUCAAGAUUGCGAAUGGCUGCCUCCAGCAGACGGCCAGUGCCGGUGGGAACAAGGAUUUGUUCACAUACUUUGAUGGCGGCAAGGAGCUGUCCAAGGACCCGGUGCCCAGCAGUGUUUUGGGCUCGGCGGGACUCAUGGGUGUUCACGGGACUCCGACGAUGCCGAUGUAUGUGUACAAGGCUGCUGCGGACGAGAUCAGUCCUGUGGCGGAUACGGACAAACUGGUCGACACUCUGUGUGGGAAGGGCGCCAUCAUCGAGUACCGGAAGAAUAUCAUCGGCGAGCACAUCAGCGAGGCGAUCACGGGAAGUGCGAGUGCGCUGAAUUGGAUUUCAGAUAGGCUGAACGGGAAGCCAGUUACGUUGAAGAAGUGCGUGAUGAUUCCUGUCGCGAUCACUGUGCCGGACUUUGGCACCGGGAUUGCCAUUGGCAAGGAGCUGAUUGCAGCGAUCAAAGUUUUGUUGGGUGGCAAUUUGGGCCUGCAUAUUUCGGGCUAGGUUCUACUUGUGUGUAAUUGCAGAUAAUUAAUGUGAACGAUCUUAAUGAUGA